AUGCGCUGCAUGCCUCCCGCUGCCUUUCGCAGACCAGCCAGCUUGACGUGCUGUGCAUAUUUACAGGCUGGGGGCCGGCGACAACUUACCAAUGCCGCAGCAAUAGUCGACGAGUUGAAAAGCCGCCAGCUCCCCAUCAGGAUUGAUGAUAUGAGCGCGGGUCCCUCCCAAUUGCUGCGAGCCGCGGUCAGUGAUUUUCUACCACCAGAUUGGAGCCCACGCCAGCGGAAAUUCCUGCCAAUACAUGAAUCGUCACGGUCCCUACCCAAUGGCCAUCAUCUAGUCCACUUCCCGCCUCUGACUACCGAGAAGGAUCUUCUCGAGGAUGGGACCGAUGUGCUACACGCGCCGGACCGCUCUUGGAAAUACCGUUUGUGGGCGGGCGGCAACGUCCAGUACCACCGCUCAAUCCAGCUAGGCACUGCGAAUCGAUCUCUAGCGCUCGUGGAAAGGAUCGGGGAUGUGAAGGUGCGAGACUCAAAAGUCUUUGUUCAGAUCCAGCGCGCAAUCGUGGAGAACGAGUCUUCUGGCGCAACUUGGGGUGCACCAAAGGCAGACGAGGCAGCAGCACGUCUACGCAGCAUUGCCUUCCCAGAUACCGGACGGCAUACAGACAACUCUCGGGACACUCGACAGCUUUACGCCCGCGAAAAUCGUUGGCUCUGCUUCACGCAGAACAAGCCCACCAACCCACCACCGCCAUUUAACCCACCGACCAAAGAGCCAUUCUACACCGCCACCCUAACUCCAACGCCGUCACUCCUCUUUCGCUUCUCUGCCCUGACCUUCAACGCACACGCCAUCCACAUCGACGCCGAGUACACCAAGUCCAUCUACGGCCUCCCGGAGCGCCUCGUCCAAGGCCCCCUGACCCUAGUGCUGAUGCUCGAAGUCGCCCGUCGCGCCACCGGAGCCCUCUACGAAACCAUGUCCGCGUCCGGGGCGGGAACCGGGUCGAAACAGGAAAGCUACUACGUCGACGCCAUCGACUAUAAGAACCACGCGCCGCUGUACGUCAACGAGGAGAUCACCGUCGCGUGCGCGUGGCCGGAAGAUUUGGACUCGACGGCGGCGGCGGCGGCGCCGCGCAUGAGCGUCUGGAUCCAGAAGUCGCAUCCACAGAUGGGCGAGCCGACCGUGUGCGCGAGCGGGACAGUGCCCUUGCGCCGCCUACCCAUGAAGACUUGA